AUAAUGGAUUUCCAACCAGGGAUGGAAAGUUUGGACCUCAAUUCAACCAAGGACUCACGGCUGAUGGAUGUUGAAGGAAUCCUUUACCCCAAGGAAACUGGGAUGUAUUGGGAGGAGAUACAGAACUUUAAAGCUCGGCCUGAUGAUCUUCUUAUUUGCACUUACCCCAAAGCAGGGACUACUUGGAUGCAGGAAAUUGUGGAUAUGAUCCAACAUGGAGGAGACCCAGAGAAAUGUGCUCGGGCUCCGAUCUAUCAACGCAGUCCCUUCGUAGGGUGCAGCUUUCGAGUUUCCAUCCCUACAAGCAUUGAAAAAAUAAACGCAAUGCCCUCUCCACGCACACUCAGAACCCAUUUCACAGUUCAGCACCUACCACCUUCCUUUUGGGAUCAGAAGUGCAAGAUUAUUUAUGUGGCCAGGAAUGCCAAAGACAACAUGGUUUCCUAUUUCCACUUCCACAAUAUGACCAGUAUAAUUCCGGACAGUGGCAGCUGGGAUGAGUUUAUGGAGAAUUUCAUUGCAGGGAAGGUUUGUUGGGGCUCUUGGUUUGAUCACGUUCAAGGCUGGUGGAAGGCUAAGGACCGUCAUCCGAUUCUAUAUCUGUUUUAUGAAGACAUUAAAGAGGACCCAGCCCGUGAAAUCCAGAAAAUAGCUCAAUUCCUGGGAAUAGAUCUCUCUGCAUCAGUUCUCAACCGGAUUGUGCAGCACACACAAUUUGAGAACAUGAAAACAAACCCAUUGGUUAAUUACAGCACCUUGCCCUCUCUGUUUGACCUAACUGUGUCCCCCUUCAUGAGAAAAGGAAUUGUUGGAGAUUGGAAAGCGCACUUCACUGUGGCCCAAAGUGAACAACUGGACAACAUCUGUGCUCAGAAACUUGCCUGCAAUGACCUUACCUUUCGCACACAGUUAUAAGCCCAUCUCUGGACCUCUCACCUUCCUGGCGACACACAUAGGGAAUGCUGAUCUUAACUACUCUAAGAAAUACAAGUCAGGAAACCACAGCAGCGUCCAGCUAACCAAAGUGUAUAUUUAGUGUUUUGUCUUUUUUUACUUUAAUGACUUUGUAGUCAUCAGUGAAUUUUAAUACAUUCUGUUAUGAUAUUGACAUAAAGAACAAGUCAAAUCUA